UUUUCUUUUCUUCAUUUAAUCUGAUGAUCUGGUGAUGGUUCUCAUUAAUUAGUUUUGGCUAGAACCUGGUUACAUUAUUCAUAAUGAAUGAAUAAAUGAAUGGAUGGAUGGACAAACAAAAUUAAAUGUUCAUUCCGUCCAUCCAUCCAUCCAUCCAUCAUCCAUCCAUCCAUCCAUCCAUCAUACAUCCUUCCAGACUGCCAAUUAAUACACAAUAUUAAAUAAUCAUAAUUUCUAUGAUUCAUAAGAGAAUAAGAGAAUCAGUUAGAGCAACUAGCAAACUGUGGCUUGUUGUAACCGGCCCCCAGGGGCCACUCAGUCGGCCGACGUAAAACGCUCUUCCAGGGCCAUGGUGUAGCAUGGGGCGGGGGGGCCGUGAGCUCCUGUGGCGGCCCAUGGCGAGGAAGGGGGUCGUGGGCAGACUUCUCCUGCUCGUGCUGUGCGUGGGGGGCACGGCAGCACCAUCGCAGCCUGUCCACGAGCCGCUGCUCCCAGGACAGCCUUUCCUGGUGCUGUGGGGGGUCCCCGACGCAGCCUGCUUGGGGCGCCCUGACCCCAGGGCCUUUGGGAUGCAGGAGAGGAGCCAGCUGGUCAUCUUUCUAGAAGAUUCACUGGGGCUUUACCCAUACUACACCCCCCAGAAGCAGGCUGUAUCGGGGGGGCUGCCCCAGCACACUAGACUUGACGGCCACCUGCAGGAAGUGGAAGCCGACCUGGCUGUCUCCCUGCCCUCCGUGGAUUUUGGGGGCCUGGCCGUGUUGUACUGGGAUCAGUGGAGACCCCAGUGGGGGAGGAACAUGGCCAAGCAGGAGAUCUACCAGGAAGAGUCACGCUCGCUGCUCCAGGGAUUCUUCCCAGACUGGAGCCCAGCUGAGGUGGACAGGUGGGCACAGGUGGACUUUGAAACGGCAGCUCAGGUCAUCCUGAUUGAAACUCUACGGAAGCUGAAGAUGCUCCGCCCCAAGGCAUUGUGGGGAGUGUCCCCAUACCCAAACUGCUACACCUCUAGUCCCGCGCAGCGCCGGGCCAAUCACACGGGCCGCUGUCCUGCUACGGAGAUGGCCCUGAACGACGAGCUGCUGUGGCUGUGGAGACGCUCCUCCGCUCUGUACCCCCUCCUCCAAUUGGACAAUCUCUUGGGCGGGACUCCGGAAGCACGACUUUACGCCUCCGCUCUGGUCAGAGAGGCACUGAGAGUGGCAGCGCUGGCCGGCGCCCCCUAUGACCUCCCAGUGUUCCCACUCAUCAGGAGCGUCUACACCUCCACCAACACGUUUCUGUCUGAGGGUGACCUGAUGAACACCAUUGGGGAGAGUGCGGCCAUGGGGGCAGCGGGGGUCAUCGUUUGGGAGAAGGUGAUCUCAGACAAGUCCCAGAGAGGAUGCUGGAAGCUGGCGGACUUUGUGCGGGAGGUGCUGGGCCCAUAUGUGGUGAACGUGACAACGGCAUCACGUCUGUGUAGCGCCACACUGUGCCGGGGGCGUGGCCGCUGCGUGCGCAGAGAGCCUGGAGGCUCCGCCUACCUGCACCUCCCGCCCACCACCUUCCUGCUGCUGCCGGACGACGCCGGGCGUGUUGAAGUGGAGGGCCGUCUGGCCCCCGCCCAGCGGAAUGCGUGGCGUAGGGAUUUCCAGUGCCAGUGGUACGGGGGGCUGGAGGGCGGAGCUACUGACGAGUGGGCUACACAGGGCGGGGCUGAGGGGCGUGGUUGGGAAGGAACCACAUCAACGAUCAAGGAGACAGAGGUAUCUGAGUCGCCUAGGGCAACUACGAUGACUCUGAAGGCUGAGCGGACUCCUACGGCGACUACAACUCUGACAACAGAACCUGCAAGUGCACCACUGAACCAAAGUGUCCCAUUCCUCAUCUCAUCCCCCCUUGGCCUUCUGCUCUCCGCCAUCUGCAUCCUGGACUUCUGGCUGAUGUGCUGACUCCAGGGGAUGACCGGUAACCCUGGACUGGGGCCUGCUAUCUUUAAAAAGAAUUCGGCACUGAUUACCAUGGUCCGAGCCAAUCUGAUCUCGGACAGGUCACGGUCCCCAGUGAGGGCCCGGAUAUGAGGACAUUCAUUACACACGCUGAGAAAUAUGUAAUCUGCCAUUUCAGCAGCGUGAAGCAUUAACUGCAGUCACGUGAUGAUUUGUCCCCUUGGCUCAUAAGUUUCCAUUUUACAGUUGAACUAUCCUAACAUUCUGUGUUCUGUUUUAAACACAGAACAAAGGAGGGAGCAAAAAUAUGGUCUUGGGUCCCUGAAGACUGGGUAGAAAAACCCUUCCGUAGUACAUUUCCUGAAGUACUUCUAUUGUUAGUAGUAAUAGGGAACUAGCAUUUCAGGUUCCUAUGAAUCUGCCUGUAGACCCAAUGUACGCUCACUUCCGCUGUGCCCAUCUCUGGCUGACCAGCUCUACACGGCCCCCUGCGAUCUCCCUCUUUGGUUUGUACCCCAUCUGACAGACCCCUGGGCACCAGUAAGGGCCUUAAUCUGCACAUUUGGGUCUGAGGAGUCAAAGGGCUGAUUCUGAUCAAA